AUGGCCCCUCUUUAUACCACUUUAAUCCUAAUAAUCCUCCUCUGCAUAUCGUCAAUCGCAACAUUAGCACAACCAGCGGAGGCAUCAGAUCAAUCUGAAGCGGUUGUGCCGCGAUCGGCUUGGGGACCGAGUGGAGAGAUCAUCGCCGAUCAACAGCGAUCUUCUAUAUCAGGAGAACAGCCAGCACACGAGAAAGCCCUGCAACGGCGAAUCCUCACAGCGUCGACAUCUUCCUCCUUGGAACUCCCAACACCAUACGAUACCCUCUCCUAUGACUUCGCAAACUCAACCAGCUGCAUAAACUUCUACAAGAAAUGGCGCGCAAAUUCAACAAUCACUGACUGCCACGCCGUCUCCCUCCUCCUCGCAAACUCCAAUUCCUUCUUCCACACCCUAACCUCAGCCACCGCUACAUCCCGCGUCCUCGACGCUUCCUGCUCCCAGGAUGUAUCCAAAUGCUCCGCAAUCAUGACCUCCCUCGCGGCAGACCUCCUCCACAGCGAUAACUGCGCUGAGGAUUACGGAAAUGGGAAUGCAGUCGUGACGGGCACGUAUAAGGACUUGGUCGCUUAUGAACCGAUGUACCGUGCCACUUGUCUGACUAGCCCGUCGACGCAAGAUUACUGUUUCGUCGAUGCUGUGUCGAAUUCCUCCGCGCCCGAUGAUUAUAAUGUUUACUUUAUGCCUAUUGGGAGUGCGUUAAGUGCUGGUGCGAAACCUACUUGCAGCCUGUGCUUGCAGGCGACUAUGGAUCUCUUUGCUCGUUGGGCGAAGAAGGAUGGUCAGUCUCUUGAUACUACCUACCUUCCCUCGGCGGGAAUUAUCAAUGCGCAUUGUGGUGCUGGGUUUGCCAAUACUAGUGUCACUGUGGGUUCGAAUCGGGUUACGGCUGGGGCUGGUAUUACUAUUCCACUGCCCGGUCUUUGGUCUGCGACGGUGGUUGGAUUGGUGCUUGCGAUUUUGACUAAUCUGCCUUGA